AUGCUUAUGCUGGAGGUAUUUUUCUCUGCCUUUGAAAAGAUAACAAAGUCAUACUUGUCUCUCCUGCGAACAAAUCAACACACUCAAGCCCUUGAUAUGUUAGGAUGGGACACUCCUCCUCCUGUUACGCGAGAUGUACAGGGUUCGGCCGUCGGAGCCGCGCUAGGCACGCUCGGUUCAUCGAUCACACUGGGUUUUCUUGGACUUGUUGGUCCUAUAGCUGCAGCGGGGGGUCUUGUAGCAACAGGUGUUGCUGCAUACAAGGCUCUGACUCAAGCACGUCAAGACAAGGAAGAGUCACUAAACUCCAAUCCGUCAAAGCUUGUGGAGUGUUUGCAUACCAUCUUGGAGAAAUUUGGCGCGGAUUUUCAAUUGGCUACGCGAGGCCGUACCUCAGUUCUUCACCUCUCCGCAUUAGCGAUACAAGCCCUGUGUCUGGCUGUCCAAUCUGGGGUUCAGGGUUCGUGCUCCCCUUUCGGCUCAUCCUUCGUGGAGCAUGAUUUGGACCAAAUUAUUCUGGCUGGAGCAACAAGAGAUGGAGGCCCAAAAAUAACCGCGUCGGCUUGCUCCUUGACAUGUUUUGGAGAUAUGCUAGGCCAGGAGGUCUUGGUGUUCGGGGAGCAGCCACCACAGUCUCGGGCUCCAACACGCUUAGAUUUGGUGUCCUCGAUCCAGGAAAUCCUGUCUUUAUGGGGCCCUGGUAAAAUCCUGGUCACGGAAUGUUUUUUAGCCAACGGUGAUAAAGAGCUCACCAUCGAUGGGAUCGAAAUUGGCGGUGGAAUACUUCAUCCAGUCAACAGCAAAUCCGAGUCCGCGAUUCCUAAGUGGCACUGGGCCAUGCAUGACACCGCGAGGGAUGAAGGUGACCACCAUCCGGGAGCCACCAUGAAGCUCAAUAGCAAGAUCCAAAUCGGCGUCUCUUCAGCCUCUACGGGGAGUGCUAUAUUGGAGCCUCAGAUUCAGAGCCGUGUCGAUGACCGGUAUUCCGCUGUACAUUCUCUAGAGACCACCCCUCCGAAGCAAUUCAAACCAGUGGGUCCUUGCAGUCAAAACUGUCAAUGUGCUCAUGCCAAUGUCGAUGCGGACAUUGCUCGCCGUCAGGAUAUGGCCCCAUUCCUCAAGGACAUUGGUAGUCAUGAAUCGUACACAGCGUUUACUGGGUAUGAAGUGGGCGGUCACAUUGGAUUUUCUUUUGCCAGUCAGGCCAAGACGACAUGGGAGAGGAGGCCGGCUACCUCAGCGAAACGCGUCCAAAUCACGGAAAGGCAGAGUCCGCAGGAGGUUCUUGCUAGCAUGGGCAAGAUUCAUGGCCUAUUCAUCAGCAACUGUACUGAUGUAAUGGCUAGAGCUCGGAUAUGUGACGUGGUUGCACUUAUCGGCCCUAUACUUCAUCGAGAUAAGUUCCCCACGCUCAAGGGGUACUCCACUUCGGAAGAAUCGAUACCUGUUAUUCUUCAGGCUUUGCAAGGCUCAGAGAACUUCUCAAAGUGGGCCUCAACUAAGCUCGACAGCGACAGCAGGCCGCUUGACCAAUCGACCAAGUUGAAAGACUUAACUCUGGCAGUCCUCCGCACACUGGAAGAUACCGGAGUACGACCAACCGACUUCUUCGAGGCGGCUUGGGUAUCUCCGCACCAAGAGAAGGUUAGCAUUAGGGCUCUCUGUCGCACGAACCCUUGGCUAUACUGCUUGUCGGAUAGUGAGCAUAUCAGCACUUUUGCUUGCGUUACUGAUUUUUGUCUGGAAGUCCCGGGGCACCGGUGUGUGAAUUCACCACAGCCGAAAUGUAGUCUGAGGGGUGGCCCGGGACACUUUGCCCUAUCGACCCGUGUUCUGGCGUUCGAUGUGCUACCGCAAAGCGGAUCUUUUUGGAAGAGGGAAGAGGGGUACUCGCUGCGACUGAAGAGUAGGUACCUAAUUAAUUCCAGGGCCUUGAAUACCGUCGCUAGAAUCAAGGCGAAACAUACAACCUCCGCCUUUGGCCAAUAUUACGAAGUUGAAGUGAGAAAGAGCACAUUUGGGUCGGAAAUGAUAAAGAGGAUCAUCAUGAAAGAGAAAGCUCGGCUAUUACGCGAGAGCAAUGAUCUGUUUGCCAACUCUUGCAUCGUUAGGGGUCAAGCUUCUUCAUGA